UGCCACACCUUUGCCACAGGUCUCUUGCCAGCGUACUCCUGGGCCUCCUUAGAAUCCUUGCUGCCGUAAGAAUUGCAGGCUUCCUGGCCUUAUGACAACACAAAGGGAAACAAGAAGUUUCCCUGGGGAACACAGGGUCCUGGGUCCAGAUUGGAGAGGCCACAGGGCCAGGGACUCUGGCCAGACAUAGGCCCAGGUCUGUGGCUGGCCAGCUGCAGCUGUGGGGCCCGGCAUGUGUCUCAACAUGGCCCUGGAGCUCUACAUGGACCUGCUGUCAGCACCCUGCCGUGCCGUCUACAUCUUCUCAAAGAAGCAUGACAUCCGGUUCAACUUUCAGCUUGUGGAUCUGCUGAAAGGUCACCACCACAGCAAAGAAUACAUUGACAUCAACCCCCUCAGGAAGCUGCCCAGCCUCAAAGAUGGGAAAUUUAUCUUAAGUGAAAGUGUGGCCAUCCUCUACUACCUGUGCCGCAAGUACAGCGCUCCAUCACACUGGUACCCGCCAGACCUGCACGUACGUGCCCGUGUGGAUGAGUUCAUGGCUUGGCAACACGCGGCCUUUCAGCUGCCCAUGAAGAAGAUAGUCUGGCUCAAGUUGCUGAUCCCAAAGAUAACAGGGGAGGAAGUUUCAGCUGAGAAGAUGGAGCAUGCAGUGGAAGAGGUGAAGAACAGUCUGCGGCUCUUCGAGGCGUAUUUUCUGCAGGAUAAGCUGUUCAUCACCGGGGACCAAAUCUCACUGGCUGACUUGGUGGCCGUGGUGGAGAUGAUGCAGCCCAUGGCAGCCAACUAUAAUGUCUUCCUCAACAGCUCCAAGCUAGCCGAGUGGCGCAUGCGGGUGGAGCUGAAUAUUGGCUCUGGCCUCUUUAAGGAGGCCCAUGAUCGACUAAUGCAGUUGGCCAACUGGGACUUUUCAACAUUGGAUCCAAUGGUCACGCAGAGAAUCUGUGAGUUUCGGGAGAAGUACUUGUGAUCCUACUUGCAGCCAUCCUGCAGGGCCUGGCUGGCUCAACAAUCUGAGCACCUUCCUUAAAGGAAAUGCUAAAAAAGACACCUCUUCUUUGCCUAAUAAAGAGCUGGAACAACCAUCA